AUUUUUUGGAGGUUAGGUAUUAGAUCAACUUUAAAAAUUUCAUAUGUUUGGAAAGUUUUUCAUCAUUCAAAUAAUAAAAUAAGCCAUGGAUAAGACACAGAAGGAAAAUAAAAAGGAAAAACUUGGUGCAGAUGGUUUAACAAAAAAGGAAAGAAGAGCACAAAAAGUAGGUGCCAGACAGACUCAAGAAUCUGGUGAAGCAACACAAAGCCAUAAUUUACCUAAAUGUAAUAGUACUUCCCAACCGAACAAUAAAUCAAAAGUCGACAGUGUUGGUGUAAAUAAAAAAGAACAUCAAUCAAAUGAACACAAUGUAGCUUCUAAAACACUUUCAGAAAAAGAACAGCGAAGACUUGAAUGGGCUAAAAAACUGGAAGAAGGGAAAGCUAAAGAUAAUAAAGAAAAUGAACAGUUAAGUAAGGCGGAAUUAAAGGCUAAAAGAAGGGAACUACAAGAAGCUCAGAGGCAACAAAAAGAUGCUGAGAAAAAACAAAAACCUGAACAAGUAUCAAAAUCUCCAUCCGAAAUAAAAGAAAAAGAAAAUACAAACAAUAAAAAAGUAGUAAAUAAUAAGCAACAAUCAGAAAAGAAACAAGUUGCUAAGAAAGAAGUUAAAAAGUUUACUGAUUCUCAUAAAGUACAGCUUGUACAACAUUUAUAUAAUGAAGACCUAUUAAAAUUAGAAACACAUACUAUAGCUGUACAUCCUAAUAUUCAUCCUGUGUUUAUUAGGCUAGGAGUUCAAUACAAUAAAAAAAUUAUCUUAGGAUCAAAUGCGAGAUGUUUAGCUCUUUUGGUAGCCCUGAAAUAUCUAGUGCAAGAUCUCAAUUCCCCACCAAAACAAGAAUUUUGUAGAUAUUUAGAAACUGUGUUACAGACCUGUACACAAUAUUUGCAUUCUUGUAGACCUUUAGCUGUUUCGAUGACAAAUGCCCUUAGACAUUUUAAAUUGCAGUUGACCCAUAUCGAUACUAAUAUAAAAGAUACUGAAAAGAAAAAUAUAUUACAAGAUAUUAUUGAUACAUACAUCCAUGAUGAUAUUAAUAAGGCAGGAGACGCUAUAAGCAUGAAAGUUAGUAAGAAAAUCAGCAAUGGAGAUGUAAUUUUAACAUUUGGAUGCUCAUCUCUUAUAACAAAAAUUCUCCUAGAAGCCCAUGCCGAUGGCAAAAACUUCAAAGUAAUCGUAGUCGAUGGGAGACCUCUUUUGGAAGGAAGGGAACUACUACGAAGACUUGUAGUUGCUGGUGUUAGUUGUAGUUAUAUCCUGAUAAACGCUCUUAGUUAUGUAAUGAACUCUGUGACAAAAGUGGUAUUAGGGGCACACGCUCUCUUGACAAACGGCUAUGUAAUGUCCCGAAUAGGAACAGCUCAAGUUGCAUUGGUCGCUCGAGAGUAUAACAAACCUGUACUAGUUUGUUGUGAGACUUAUAAGUUUAGUGAAAGAGUUCAGACUGACUCUUUUGUAUAUAAUGAACUAGGGGAUCCAGAUACACUAAGUGUGACCCACCUUAAUGACACGCCAACAUCCCUUUCCAAGUGGAAAGACAUACCGAAAUUAACGCCUUUGAGUUUGUUAUAUGACGUGACACCUCCUGAUUUGGUUACAGCAGUGGUUACCGAGCUUGCUAUUUUGCCUUGUACAAGUGUACCAGUAGUUUUGAGAAUUAACGCUACAGAAACUGCCUAGAGACUUUUUACUGUUUUAUUGUAUUAACCGAGUUUUUUUUUUUUUUUUGAUUAAAUGUGUAAUAAAAAACAAAGUUUAAAUAAAACUGGAUGGAUUGCGU